GGCGGCGGCCGGAGGUGAAGCAGCGAGCGGGCGCUGGAUCCUCCCGGCCGCGGCCCCCGGGGCCCCGGGCAGGGAACAAAGGGCCAUGGCCGAGGGGGCUCCCGCUCAGGUGCCGGAGCCGGUGCUGCAGCCGCGCUGCCCCUCGCCCUUCCAGCCGCCCGCCGGCCCCGAGCGCACCUCGGAGCGGGAGACGCAGACGGCGGAGCUGUCCCUGACGGUGGUGGCGGCCGUGCAGGCGGUGGAGAGGAAGGUGGACUCCCACGCCACCCGCUUGCUGGACCUGGAGGGCCGGACGGGGGUGGCUGAGAAGAAGCUGAUCGACUGCGAGAAGACGGCGGCGGAGCUGGGGAACCAGCUGGAGAGCAAGUGCGCGGCGCUGGGCACCCUCAUCCAGGAGUACGGGCUGCUGCAGCGGCGCCUGGAGAACAUGGAGAACCUGCUGAAGAACAGGAACUUCUGGAUCCUGCGCCUGCCCCCCGGCAGGAAGGGGGAAGUCCCCAAGGUGCCGGUGACGUUCGACGACGUGUCCGUCUACUUCAACGACAAGGAAUGGGAGAAGCUGGAGGAGUGGCAGAAGGAGCUGUACAAGAACGUGAUGAAGGGGAACUACGAGUCGCUGAUCUCCCUGGACUAUGCAAUUUCCAAACCCGGUGUUUUGUCCCAGAUCGAGCAAGGGGAGGAAUCGCGGGUCAGGAAUGAGCAGGACUUGGAGGAGAGCGAGAUCAUAACCGAUGCCACCGCAGCUGGCAUAAGGGUUGUGAUCAAAACGGAGGAGCUGCUUCCUGAGGACAGCCCCGAAAACCCAGAGCUGCACGGGAUGUCGGGACAGUCGGAGGGGAGCUUCCAGAGCCCGGACGAGGAGGCCGCCUGCGAGAGCCCCUACGGCUCCGUCUCCCCUCCGAGGGACCUCCCGGGCACCAGCCUGGGCGACCCCUCCGAGUACGUCGCUGACUUCAACGAGAUCCAGAGGGUCAUCGUGCACCACGGCAGCUGCACAGAGGACGGGAUCGUGAUCAAGACGGAGGAGGAGGAGGAGGAGGACGACCCGGACACGCUGGAGCCGUGCGCCAUGUUCUCGGGGCGGACCGAGCCGCCGGCCUUCCCCAACCACGAGGCCGGGCUGGGCUGCGAGGCGCAGUGCAGCUCCAAGGCGCCGCCGCGGAGCCUGGCGGCCGCCCGCGUGGGGAAGGCCCCCUCCUGCGAGAGGGACUCGGGGGAGAUGAAGCCGGCCACGGCCCAGCAGCGCAACCGGACGAGGGAGAGGCCCUACAUCUGCCCCGAGUGCGGCAAGAGCUUCAUGCUCAAGAUCAACUUCGUGAUCCACCAGCGCAACCACCUCAAGGAGGGGCCCUACGAGUGCCACGACUGCGACCUCAGCUUCCGCAACAAGCAGCAGUUCCUGCUGCACCAGCGCAGCCACACGCGCCGCGGCGUGGGGGUGCCCCGGCGCCCCGAGCACGGCCUCAAGCCCCAGCCGCGUCCCCCGCCCCCGGGGAAGCCCUACAAGUGCUCCGAGUGCGAGAGCAGCUUCAGCCACAAGUCGAGCCUCAGCAAGCACCAGAUCACCCACGUCGGGGAGCGGCCCUUCACCUGCGGCGAGUGCCGGCGGAGCUUCCGCCUGCAGAUCAGCCUCAUCAUGCACCAGAGGAUCCACGCCGGCAAGAGCGAGAUGGCCUUCCUCUGCCCCCAGUGCGGCAAGAACUUCACCCGGCCCUCCCACCUCCUGCGGCACCAGCGGACUCACACCGGCGAGCGGCCCUACCAGUGCAGCCAGUGCGAGAAGACCUUCAGCGAGAAGUCCAAGCUCACCAACCACUACCGCAUCCACACGCGGGAGCGCCCGCACGCCUGCGCCGUCUGCGGGAAGGGCUUCAUCCGCAAGCACCACCUCCUGGAGCACCAGCGCAUCCACACGGGCGAGCGGCCCUACCACUGCACCGAGUGCGGCAAGAACUUCACGCAGAAGCACCACCUCCUGGAGCACCAGCGGGCGCACACCGGCGAGCGGCCCUACCCCUGCACCGAGUGCACCAAGUGCUUCCGCUACAAGCAGUCCCUCAAGUACCACCUGAGGACGCACAUGGGAGAGUGAGGGGCUGCCACGGCUUCCUCUCCCUUCCCUUCCCUUCCCUCCCUCCAGCCCUCCUCCUCCUCUUCCUCCUCCUUUGCUCAUCUCUCCCCACCCUCCCUCCAUCCCCCCCGGCUCAGGGCAUGGACAUCAAGGAAGCUUUGUGUGGUAGCGCCGCUGCUCUGGUGGAGACAGCUAGGCUGAUUGGAAAUUAAUUAAUUAAUUAAAGCAAGCAACGCGCGGCAAAAUUAAAAGAUUAUAUAUAUAUAAAAUUAACAGAAGCAGCUGACUUAGGGAGGAUCCUCACCAUCGACAACAACAGCAACAACAACAAAGGAAACCUGUACAGGGUGUUUUGCCGGAGUAGGACUCUUAACUGCUUUUUAAAUCUACUGUUUGGUUUUUUAAUAAAUGUGGAGGAACUUUUUAUUUGAUAAGCAAACUUAGGAUCGCCAAGCUAUAUAUAUAUAUUUUUUUUUCAGUGCUCCGUAGGCUGAUUCUGGCACAGUCACUUUUGUCCAGGAGCUCUGCAGAGGUGCUGCUGCCCCGGCCAGGCGCUGCCUCCUCCCGGCUCUCGGGGCUGGCCGCGGCAGCACCGUGUGGCGGCAGGGAGCUCCGGCAGAUGCAGGUGGCAAGGAGGUUCUCUGUGUAUCUAGAUUUGAAGCGCUGAUAGGUGCCUGCCCGGCUCUCGGGGCUGUGACGCACUCAUGGAUUAUACAAUAGAAUAAAAUUCUAGUUCCAGUCAAAGGACAUUUUUCUGGUAGGACCCCGCCAGCAAGGCUCCUCCAAACGCUCGUUUCUUAGCGCUUCAUCCUUCCGCAGCGGCGGACGCGUUUCCAGCGAGCGGCGACCCCGGGCACCCGGCCCUGCUGCUGCUACGAGAGCUGCGCCCAAGGGGUCGCGGGCGUGAGACGUGGGAGCGGUGCGUGGAGGCAGGCAGCCGUCCCCUGGGUCC